AAGUGUACUAAAAGCCCUUUGAAACAAACCUCGCUCAUGUUGAUCCGAUGAUUAAAUACUUAAGAAUAUCAAGCUUCUUGCGAAAAAUCCAAAAUACUCGCAAAAAUGUAACCUCAAAAAAGGGGUAGCAUUCGCGAAUUCUUAAGGCACGCAUUUGCAUGUCGCUGAACUACAAGCUCGCACACACACACGCAGUCGCAUUUACCGGCUAAGACAUAAGUGAAAUACAGAUGAGAAAGAAAAGAAGAAAAUUGAGAAAGUAUAAAUAUAUAACAGGAAGUUGACGACACCCACCUCGUCGAGGAUGGCGUUGAAGCCGGUGUCUCGCGAAGGCCUGGCCGUCACAACAACAACAAUAACAAUACCGAGGCGGUGCGGCGUCACACGCACUCCCUCCCCACUUCCUUACCACUACGCGCACGCACACUUACGCACCACCACCGCCGCCGCCACUGCUUCACUUUCAUUUGCAUGCUCUCGCUCUCGCCUCGUUCGUUUGUUGCUCUUUUUUUUAGCGAGGUCACGUCUAUUUUUGGCCAGCUUCGACCGAUUUGACAAUGUUCGCAAUUGUUACAAUGACUCAGAAUAUAAUCACUUAUUUUACUUAGGAAACUUUUUUAAAUCGUUAAUGAAUUUGAAUGUUUUCUCAACAAUAAUAAUUAUUGAAAAAUUUAGUUGAACUAUAAUCUUUUGUCCAUGUCAUCCCGCCCAUACAAAAUAAGUAUACAAAAAUGUGUACUUAAAUAGCUUGCAAGCUCCAAUCUAUCUUUAGCUUCUAUCGGUUGAUAUGUAAUUUUUUUGAUAAAUGAAUAUAAAAUAAUAUUGGAGCAGAUCUUAGCAUGAUUAAAUAUUUUUUUACAUACGGGAAUACCAGAAAAUUUGCACGUGUGCAUGCAUGCAUAGCAUCCUUUCUUUUGCGGUUGACCUUUCCUUUGCAACCAUCACCACAAGUUGGUGUAAAUUUAGCACUCGCGUCGUGGACGGCAACGACACCAACAGUCGAGAGAGCGAAUCACUCCGAUAUCUAGGUGUUGGAUAAUCAGAGCUGGAACGAAGCUUUAUAUAUAUUCACACAAAUACGAGGAUAAAGAGCGAGUACACACUAGCAGCAGCCGCGUUAGUCAUUACACAGACAUUACAGUUUGUGUCGCUGCACGCACAUAAGCGCGUGACCUGAGCAUGUGUGGUGUAUUAUUUAUACAAAGUAAAUUAACUUGAGCCGUAGCCGCGACACGACGUCCUAACCUCGAAAGAGUCGAACGAACACAAAGAUGAAGGAGACGAGGGCAAGGACAGUGUACAGCAACUUUUCCGGAUCGACAUCGUAGAGGAGCUCGUCGAGUAACUGCCGUGGCAAUAGUUCUAGUAGCUGUUGAGUUAGUCCUUCCAGCACAUCGGCCAACAUUUUGCCAACGCGACGGUCCUUCUCGUUGCAAUCACAUUCGUACGACAUUUGACACCGUUUACUACUACCGAGGCAUCUUAUCUAUGAUGAGACAAGCCAACUAUUUUAUUCCGCUGGAUUACGAUUGCAAGUUGUCCAGACUGUUUUUGACAAACGCUACCCAGGUCUGACAAGCUAUUUUGUGAAACUUGUUGCUGUUUCUAAAGCGUUUUGUAAAUGUGACGUGGAUUCUGUAUUGAUUGUAUGGAGGAUAUCAUUUUGCUGAGAAAAAAAAAUAUAUAGCUUGAAGAUUAUUUUCUAUUGACAAAAUGUGUGACGAUAUGACAAACAGUGAUAACCGCCAACACUGUAAUGCAUCAAGUCGAGCUUCUGAUGAUGAAGGACCUUCCUCUCUACAUUCCAAUUCCAAUUUCAUACAUUCUAAUUUUGAAAAUAUAUUAGAGAUGUCAGCAUCCGAUAACACCAUUAGAUUUAGUGGUCAUACUUUUGACAAAGCUACUAAGGCAAAAGUAACCUUAGAAAAUUAUUAUAGCAAUCUCAUUGCUCAGCAUAUAGAAAGAAAACAAAGACUUGCAAAAUUAGAAGAGUCAUUGAAAGAUGAGGCCCUCUCAGAGCAACAACGACAAGAAAAGCGCAUACAACAUGCACAAAAAGAAACUGAAUUUCUUAGAUUAAAACGCUCUAGACUUGGGGUUGAAGAUUUCGAGCCCUUAAAAGUGAUAGGUAGAGGAGCAUUUGGAGAAGUCAGAUUAGUUCAGAAAAAGGAUACUGGCCAUGUGUAUGCAAUGAAAAUCCUCCGAAAAGCUGAUAUGCUUGAAAAAGAGCAAGUAGCUCAUGUUAGAGCUGAGAGAGAUAUUCUUGUAGAAGCUGAUCAUCAGUGGGUGGUGAAAAUGUACUAUAGUUUUCAAGAUCCAAUAAACUUAUAUUUAAUAAUGGAAUUUCUUCCUGGAGGAGACAUGAUGACUCUUCUUAUGAAAAAAGAUACUUUGUCAGAAGAUUGCACUCAAUUUUACAUAUCUGAAACUGCUUUAGCUAUCGAUUCUAUACAUAAGCUUGGAUUCAUUCAUAGAGACAUAAAACCAGACAAUCUGUUAUUAGAUGCUCGAGGCCAUAUUAAACUGUCUGACUUUGGAUUAUGUACAGGAUUAAAGAAAUCUCACAGAACUGAUUUUUACCGUGACCUUAGCCAAGCAAAGCCAUCCGAUUUUAUGGCUUCAUGCAGUGGUGGAAGUAACAGCGCAAUAGACAGCAAAAGAAGGGCUGAGAGUUGGAAAAGAAAUAGAAGAGCCUUAGCAUAUAGUACAGUUGGCACUCCAGAUUAUAUUGCCCCAGAAGUUUUUCUUCAAACUGGUUAUGGGCCAGCUUGUGACUUUUGGUCUUUAGGUGUCAUUAUGUAUGAGAUGCUGAUAGGCUAUCCACCGUUUUGUAGCGAGAAUCCACAAGAAACAUACAAAAAAGUCAUGAAUUGGAGAGAAACUCUUGUUUUUCCACCUGAAGUACCAAUUAGUGAAGAGGCUAAGGAUACUAUCACCAAGUUUUGUAUGGAAGCUGAUAAACGCUUGGGCUCCCAACGCGGUAUUGAAGAGAUUAAACUUGCUCCUUUUUUCCGUGGAGUUGACUGGGAUCAUAUAAGGGAAAGACCAGCAGCCAUUCCAGUAGAAGUAAAGUCAAUUGACGAUACCUCAAACUUUGAUGAGUUUCCCGAUGUCAAACUCGAGAUAACUUCAGCGCCUGCAUCACAAGACGGAGAAAUAAUCUAUAAAGAUUGGGUAUUUAUUAAUUACACAUUCAAACGAUUCGAAGGUUUGACGCAGCGUGGUUCACCAAACAAAAAAUAAGAUUUUUUUAUUUCACAAGAUUUGUAAAGAAAAUUUAUUAUUUGAAUUUAUUUUAUCUUACAUAAUUGUAUUAUAUUAGGCAAUAGAAUAUAUUUUAACAUUGAUGUAAAUACAAUCAAUUUUGAAAAUGUGAAAAGUAAUAUGAAAAAUUUUGUUUUUACAUGUUUUGAACUUUCAAGUAGGUGUUAUUUAUAUAGAUUUUCACUCAUUUUUCAUCGAAUAGCUAUUUGCAAAUAGUUUUGGGGUUUGGUUCUUCCAUAAUUAAUUUAUUUUACAAGUUUUUAUAGUUAAUAGAAAUAAAAGUGUUUAUGAAAUAAAUGAAAACUAGAAAAAAUUGUCUAUAUUAGCAAAUUCAUAAGUAUUGAUUAAGCUUAUAAGUGAGGAAGGAAAAAUGAUUCGAAGAAACCAUUUGUUUUGCUUAAACAUUUGGUAAUUUUUACUAGGUGUAAACAUAAAUUGUAAUAGCUUUUAUGAAAAAAAUUAUAUUUACAUUUUCAAGUCUUUAUUUAGCUUAAAAUAUAAGUAAGUACUAUCCUAGAAUAAUUUUGAAUGUAUUUACAUUGAAAAUAGAAUUAUACAUUGAAAGUUGUGUUGAAAAAAUCUUCCUUGUUUUAACUAAAUGCAUUGUAUAAUUUGUAUACCGAAGUGAAACAAAUAUAUAUAUAUAUAUAUAUACAUA